UGACAUGGGCUGCUUCGAUUGAAAUCCGAUUAUCUUUCUGAGAUUGGCCAUCAUUUUUAUCAUGCAUUGCCUAUCCUGCUGCUCCCUUGUCUGCUUUCAUCAUACUUUUCGCAGAACUUAGGGCCACGACGUCGAAGACCCCAUUAUUCAGUUUCUGGUGACAUGAGCAACGAAUCGAGGACUCGACCUGAAUCCACUAGGAAGAUAAUCAGUGAAGACAGUCAGACUGGUGGUUGCACCGCUACAGCCGAGAUAUCAACGCCUGCUUCAGUCCCGCUACCGUCAGCUAGUGAUAUACUCCAACCGCUAUCUCAGAUGUAUCAGGAAUCAAAUAUUCCAAGCAGCGGGGAAGUCGCUGCUCUUUCUCGAGGAGCGAGGGAGGAGCACCGUGCCUGUGCAAAAGAACCAGCUAAUGGACUGGGGACUGAUGGAGGAUCGAGAAGCUCUAAAUCAGGCCCAGAGCCCCUGCUGUACACCACAGAUGAGCACGCAGAAGUUGAUGGAGCAAAAACUUCGGAGCAGAAUGCAUCCAGCGUCACAGUCUCUUCAGUCAGUCCGUUGGCAGAAUCGGCUGAACAGACACCGUCCGCUCAAACCCAUGAUGCGGAUACAGAGCAUCGACCAUCAAUACAGAAACGGAGUGAAAUGGUGCAAGUUAUGCGUGAGGUCGACUCUGACGGCGAACGAACAUUUAUACGACGAAUUGUCGAGUACCGCUAGGUCCAGCUAAUCUUCGCUGGUGGCGUUUCGAGUUCCACUGUUCUGGCGCUAUAACUGGUAUCUUUGGGAUCAGGAUUAUUUCCUUCUAUUUUUAGGUCAUGCCAGCUUGAUGAAGACCUAUUUCAUACUCCCCUGUUUGUGU